UGCGAAACUGUAGAUGUGUUACGCCCUUUUCUCAGUUUUUAAUACUGUACAUCUCCGUCUUAAUUCUCACAGAAACUCAUUUAUAACUUACGGAUAAUUUGGAGCUUUUAAGAUAUUAUUACGAUGUAACGUAUAUUAAAAGCUAACUAAUUUUCAAACCCUAACGACCUUUUGACCCAAUAACGCGCGGACCCGACUCGGAUCCGGAUAUACCCAAUUCUCUUUCAUUUGAAUCUCUUUCAUGUGCGUCUCUUCUUCUUCUUCCCUCUUUGCUCGAUACGCACUUAAUCUUUACAAGGAGAGCUUCUCUAAUCAGAGAGCCUCAACAAUGGCGGCGUACAGAGCGGACGACGACUACGAUUACCUAUUCAAGGUGGUGCUGAUCGGAGACUCCGGCGUCGGAAAAUCCAACCUCCUUUCUCGAUUCACACGAAAUGAGUUAAGCCUCGAAUCUAAAUCCACCAUCGGCGUCGACGAUAAGAUCGUCAAAGCUCAGAUCUGGGACACCGCCGGCCAAGAGAGAUAUUGAGCGAUCACGAGUGCAUAUUACCGAGGAGCCGUAGGAGCAUUGCUUGUCCACGACGUCACGAGGCACGUGACGGUGGAGAACGUGGAGAGAUGGUUAAAGGAGCUUCGAGAUCACACGGAUUCAAAUAUCGUCAUCAUGUUCGUUGGCAAUAAAGCUGAUCUCCGUCACCUACGAGCUGUUUUGACGGAAGACGCAAAGGCUUUUGCCGAGAGAGAGAGCACUUUCUUCAUGGAGACGUCGGCUCUUGAAGCUACCAACGUCGACAACGCUUUCACUCGAGUGCUUACUCAGAUUUACCGUGUGUCUAGCCGUAAGGCGCUUGACCGUGGAGAUGAUUCCGCUGCUCUUCCGAAAGGACGGACCAUCAAUGUUGGGUCUAAAGAGGACGUCUCUGCGGUUAAAAAAGUUGGUUGCUGCUCGAAACUGAACUGUUGAUUUGUGAUGUGUAA